CACCCAGCUCGCUAAUCUGAAGCGCCCGCGGCGAUGUUGGGUCAGGUCAACUUCAGGAACCACGACCGCGAUUUACCUAAUCCAGGGUUUAAAUUAGUGCCCAGCACUAUCUGUAUGGAUUAGAGAUUUACUAGCAGGCGUGGUGUGGUGCUGAAAAAACUGCAAUCUCACGAGAAAGAAUGAGAUUUACCCGAUUAUUGUUUACAUUGUAAAAAAUAUAGAGAGAACCGAACCGAAUCGAUCCGGAUUAAACGGAUUUGAUUGGAAUCCCGUGGCUUUUUCGCCUGAUCGGCCACUCGACAGCAGCGGAGCGGAGAAGCCGAGUUUGGACGCCACCCGAACGCACAUCGCAUCGGCCUGACCGAAUACGGGCUCUAUCGCUGUGGGGAAAAUCAUCAGAAAAAUGAGCAAGUGGCCGCUUUAAAAGAGCCCAUCCCAAAUGAAAGUUUACAGGUGAUGGCGGCGUUAUUGUUCGGCGUCGUGUGAACUGAGUGCUAUCGCUAGCUUAGCUCGCUGGGCUGACAGAGCAGGCAGCUGGGCGAGCCGCUCGCCAGGAGGGGGAUUCGGCACGGCGGCUUCAGGAAACCCCGGGGAUCUGCGGGCCUCUUCGCGGACCCCCACACAGUUUUAAAAGACCUGGGGAGGGGACGGGGCACCGUUUCUCUAACUCGAGCUCCCGGUGAACACGCUUCGCCGGAUAGCCGUGGCUCUGCGGGGUGGUGACCGGGAAGAGCAGCCCAUAACCAGGGACGACCGACGGAACACCCUGGGCCCGUUAAAAGCGACGCGGCCGGAUCAGCAGACAUGAUGGAGGAACUGCACAGCUUGGAUCCGAGGCGGCAGGAGCUGUUGGAGGCCCGCUUUACGGGGGUUGGGGUGGCUAAGGGCACGGGAUACAAUGAGUCAUCCAACCAGAGUCUGUGCAGUGUGGGAUCGCUCAGUGACAAGGAGCAGGAGCAGACCCCAGAGAAGAAAUCCAAUGACCAGAGAGCGCGGAAGCGGAAAGGAGACCCUUUCGACAAUAACCAGGGGAAAGCGGGAACAAGGGGGCACAAGAUUAGCGAUUACUUUGAGUUUGCUGGUGGUAGCGGUCCUGGUAGUAGUCCUGGCCGCAGUGUGCCCCCAGUGGUUCGCUCCUCCCCUCAACAUUCCCUCUCCAACCCCCCAGCCUCGGUGCAGCAGGGAAGUCCGUCCUCCACAGGCUCUGCAAACACUGACCACUCCACUUGCUCCCUGAAGCCCAUCACACUCCAUACUGUCCACAAAACCACACAGACCGACCUCACGAUGGAGAAGCUCAUCGCCCUGCAGAACAACAAGAACUCCGACCUGGAGAAGAAGGAGGGACGAAUCGACGACCUGCUGCGGGCAAAUUGCGAUCUCCGACGGCAGCUGGAUGAACAGCAGCGGAUGCUGGAACGCUACAAAGAGCGGUUAAACAAGUGCGUCACCAUGAGCAAGAAGCUACUGGUGGAGAAGUCCCAACAGGAGAAGAUGGCGUGUCGGGACAAGAGUAUGCAGGACCGGCUACGUUUGGGCCACUUCACCACGGUGCGGCACGGGGCCUCCUUCACGGAGCAGUGGACCGAUGGAUACGCCUUCCAGAACCUCAUCAAGCAGCAGGAAAGAAUCAACUCCCAGAGGGAGGACAUCGAGAGGCAGAGGAAGCUGCUGGGCAAGCGAAAGCCGCCCGCCAUGGGCCAGACUCCGCCCCCGAGCUUGGAGCAGAACAAACGCAAGAACAAGACCAACGGCGCCGAGAGCGAAGCACUGACCCUUGCUGAGUAUCAUGAACAGGAGGAGAUUUUCAAGUUAAGACUAGGCCACCUGAAGAAGGAGGAGGCAGAGAUCCAGGCCGAACUGGAACGGUUAGAGCGAGUCCGCAACCUGCACAUCCGGGAGCUGAAGAGGAUACACAAUGAGGACAACUCCCAGUUCAAAGACCAUCCCACGCUGAACGACCGGUACCUGCUGUUACACCUCCUAGGCAGAGGAGGCUUCAGUGAAGUCUACAAGGCCUUCGAUUUAACGGAGCAGAGGUACGUCGCGGUGAAAAUCCACCAGCUGAACAAGAACUGGAGGGAUGAGAAGAAGGAGAACUACCACAAACACGCUUGCAGGGAGUACAGAAUUCACAAGGAGCUGGACCAUCCCCGGAUAGUGAAACUCUAUGACUACUUCUCGCUGGACACAGACUCGUUCUGUACGGUGCUGGAGUUCUGCGAAGGGAACGACCUGGACUUUUACUUGAAGCAGCACAAGCUGAUGUCGGAGAAGGAGGGCCGCUCCAUCAUCAUGCAGAUCGUCAAUGCGCUCAAGUACCUCAAUGACAUCCGGCCGCCCAUCAUCCACUAUGACCUCAAGCCUGGGAACAUCCUCCUGGUAAACGGCACCGCCUGUGGCGAGAUUAAGAUCACGGACUUCGGCCUGUCUAAGAUCAUGGAUGACGACAGCUACAACUCCGUGGACGGCAUGGAGCUGACGUCUCAGGGAGCCGGGACCUACUGGUACCUCCCGCCUGAGUGCUUCGUGGUGGGGAAGGAGCCACCCAAAAUCUCCAACAAGGUUGACGUGUGGUCAGUCGGGGUCAUCUUCUACCAGUGUCUAUAUGGCCGAAAGCCAUUUGGACACAAUCAGUCACAGCAGGACAUCUUGCAGGAGAACACCAUCCUGAAGGCCACUGAAGUACAGUUUGCACCAAAACCAGUAGUGUCUCCCGAAGCGAAGGCCUUCAUCCGCCGCUGCCUGGCAUACCGCAAGGAGGAUCGCAUUGAUGUGCACCAACUGGCCAGCGACCCUUUCCUGAUGCCCCAUAUCCGCAAGUCUGUGGCCACUACUGGGGCCUUGGGAACGGCUGCGCCGUCAACCUCGAGCUCCUCCAACAGCAGCGCCUCAAACUGAGCCCCGAGCCCUCCUCCCUAACUUCCUCUCCUCCCUGAAGUUCUGCCGCUGCUACACAGGGGCUCGACAAACCCGCCGGCGCCUGCCCUGUGUGGCAGGCCGAUCACAGGGGAUGAACAUUGAGGGCGAAGGGGUCGUUCUUGGCCCUGCCCUCCGCGGUAUGCAUUCCUAUGGGUUCAGAGCCCCGGUUGAUUUAAUGUGGACGUGGACUGCUGGCAUCCGCAUGAGAGGAUGUGGUGUCUUAUCUUGUUGGGUUUAUAUGAGCGGCAGAGUGGCGGCGUGAUACUUGGGCAGACGGUUGUUUUAAAUGCCCUCCCCAAACAAACCCCCAACCCCAACAAUUGAAGCCAAGUAGCCGGACGCCGAUCGGACUUGGAGCGACAUUGACGAGUCGUCAUGCUUUUCUCUCAUUUUCUACCCCCGUUUUUUUAUUUUUAUUUUAUUUUUAUUUUUUUAAUUAAUAAAGCUGGGCUUGACUCUUUAGCCUCAAGACAUAGGGGCAGUGCUCUCUUCGAACCUCCCCUAGUUGACCAAAGCUCAAGACUACCUUUAGGUGGCGCUCUUUAGUUAGUGGAUGUUAGUGGAGUGAGAUGGGAGGGGGAUGGGAUUGGAGUGUCGCCUUUCUGUAGAUUUACCUUUGUAUGAUUUUUAAAAUUGUUUUACCUGAUGUCAAACUGGAAAUUUCAACUUUCUUUGAUAGGCCAGUCUUUUUUUUUUCUCCCUACCCACACAUAUUUAUUUAGUUUUUUUUUUUGUUUUUUCUUUCCUUCAAGAAUGUAUGGAGCUAAAAUCGAUGUGUACUGUGAGGGGGAGAUGGGGCCUUUGCAAGAAAUUGCGUACAAAACAUUAAAUACGGUUGCUAAAAUA